AUGGCCGAACCACAGGGACCCAGUGGUAAGGAGCGGGAAGGGACAGACCCCUAUCAUUUGGAGGCCUUGAGUCCACCAUAUGAGGAAGUAGAUUUACCCAUUUUUUCUGAAAAGGAGUUUGAGAUAUUGCACCACUCUCACAAAAUCAUAUACUACUGGGAAUGCCUCUCGUUCUCGCUCUUUGAGACAAGGCCUGGAAUUUGGGAGCCUUUGAAAAGCCGUGGGCCCUCCCACCGCUAUUGUGCGGGGGAAGAUGUAGCAGCCUCUUCUCCGAACCACCCCUUUGCCUUCGGACUUCUCUGGGGCCAGCAGCCGCCCGACCAGGGGCCCGGGGCCACCGGCUCAGCCGACUACCAUGGGCUCCGUGGCUGCACCAAGGCGGCGGAAGAGGCGCCCGAGGAGGCGCCGGAGGACGCGGCCCGGGCGGCGGACGAGCCUCAGCUGCUGCACGGUGCAGGCAUCUGUAAGUGGUUCAACGUGCGCAUGGGGUUCGGCUUCCUGUCCAUGACCGCCCGCGCCGGGGUCGCGCUCGACCCCCCAGUGGACGUCUUUGUGCACCAGAGUAAGCUGCACAUGGAGGGCUUCCGGAGCUUGAAGGAGGGUGAGGCCGUGGAGUUCACCUUUAAGAAGUCAGCCAAGGGUCUGGAAUCCAUCCGUGUCACUGGACCUGGUGGGGUGUUCUGCAUUGGGAGUGAGAGGCGGCCAAAGGGGAAGAACAUGCAGAAGCGCAGAUCAAAAGGAGACAGGUGCUACAACUGUGGAGGUCUAGACCAUCAUGCCAAGGAAUGCAAGCUGCCACCCCAGCCCAAGAAAUGUCACUUCUGCCAGAGCAUCAGCCAUAUGGUAGCCUCAUGUCCACUGAAGGCCCAGCAGGCCCCUAGUGCACAGGGAAAGCCAACAUACUUUCGGGAGGAAGAAGAAGAAAUCCACAGCCCUGCCCUGCUCCCGGAGGCCCAGAAUUGAGCCCCAAUGGGUGGGGGCUGUUCUUUUGCUAUCAGGAAGUUUCGAGGAGCAGGCAGAGUGGAGAAAGUGGGAAUAGGGUGCAUUGGGGCUGGUUGGCACUGCCAUAUAUCUCAGGCUGGGGUUCACACCAUCACCCUUUCUUCCCUCUAGGUUGGGGGAAAGGGUGAGUCAAAGGAACUCCAUCCAUGCUCUGUCCAAAUGCAAGUGAGGGUUCUGGGGGCGACCAGGAGGAGGGAAUCACCCUACAACCUGCACGCUUUAUCUGAGGCUCCAUCCCAGAAUUUCCAGCUUUUGAAAGUGGCCUGGAAAGGGAAGCUGUUUUCCUUUUAAAGAAGGAUGUAUAAUAAUAAUUCCCAUGCCAGAGUGAAAUGAUUAAGUAUAAGACCAGAUUCAUGGAGCCAAGCCACUACAUUCUGUGGAAGGGAAUCUCUCAGGAAUAAGGCAGUUUUUUUUUCCCACAUCUUAUAUCCUCAUACCCACUUUUGGGAUAGGGUGCUGGCAACUGUCCCAAGCAAUGGGUAGUGAUGAUGGCAAAAAGGGUGUUUGGGGGAACAGCUGCAGACCUGCUGCUCCUACACUCACCCUGCCCCGUUCUGGGUCAAUGUGAUUUUAUUUAUUUGCUCCCUUGGAUACUGCACCUUGGGUCCCACUUUCUCCAGGAUGCCAACUGCACUAGCUGUGUGCGAAUGACGUAUCUUGUGCAUUUUAACUUUUUUUUUCCUUAAUAUAAAUGUUCUGGUUUUGUAUUUUUGUAUAUUUUAAUCUAAGGCCCUCAUUUCCUGCACUGUGUUCUCAGGUACAUGAGCAAUCUCAGGGAUAAGUCGGCAGCAGCUCCAGGUCUGCACAGCAGGAAAACUUUUUGUUGUUUUUGCCACCGUGGAGAGCAACUAUUUGGAGUGCACAGCCUAUUGAACUACCUCAUUUUUGCCAAUGAGAGCUGGCUUUUCUGCCAUAGUGUCCUCUUGAAACCCCCUCUGCCUUGAAAAUGUUUUAUGGGAGACUAGGUUUUAACUGGGUUGCCCCAUGACUUGAUUGCCUCCUACUGGAAGAUUGGAAAUUAGUCUAAACAGGAAAUGGUGGUACAGAGGCUGGGCCAGGUGAAAGGCCCAGAGAGGAAGCCAAGAUUAGGUGAGGGUUGUCUAAUCCUAGGGGCACAGGACGUGCUUUACAUCCCAGAUCCAUUCUUCACCAGAUUAGAUGAGGCCUACCAUGCACAACAGGGUGUGUGUGUUCAUAAAACCGGAGUUGGUAAGGAUAAGUUUUAAGACCAGUACCCCUGUACUUAAUCCUGUGCUGUCAAGGGAUGGCUACAUGAAGUAAGGUCUAAAAUCCUUAACCUGUCAAAAUUCUUGGGUUCCAGGAAGACACACGAGCAGGGCUUUGUGGUGCCUGGGGCCCGUGUCCUGCCCUGCUGCAGUAGUGAUUAGUAAUGUCAUGGUAGCUAAAAGAGAAAACGGGGUUUCGUUUACAUGCUGUGAGAUCACCGCAAACCUACCUCACUGUGUUGAAACGGGACAAAUGCAAUAGAACACACUGGGUGGUGUGUGUCUGCUCCCGGGUUCUUGUCUCCCCUAAAUACUGCCCCCCUCUAGUUAUUGUAUUUGUCUGGGCUUUGUAGGACUUCACUAAUUUGGUGAUUGCUAGGUGGCCUAGUUUGUGUAAAUAUAAUGUAUUGGUCUU